UAAAUCGAUCUUAUGACUGGGCUAUGUUGGCGCCAUCCAGUGUGUUGCUCCAUGAAUUAUAGGCAGCUCAGCUCUCCAACCUUCCCUUUUUAACGUUGUCGAACACCUUCACCACUUUUAACCCCGUUCUCAUUGUCACUUUGAUUAAUGUGGCACUGAAGGUGCCGCUCACUACCGAGGUGCAGCGGCACAGACUGGAUAAAUGCACAUCCCAGACAGGAACAGAAACGCAGACAGCAUGCCGACCGAGCCGAGCCUGCCCGACGGAGUCAGCAGUAACUGCGCAAUCUGCGGAGACAAAGCCACGGGGAAACAUUACGGAGCCUCCAGCUGUGACGGCUGCAAAGGCUUCUUCAGACGCUCCAUACGCAAGAACCACAUCUACACCUGCAGGUUCAGCAGGCAGUGCAUUGUGGAUAAAGAUAAGAGGAACCAGUGUCGUUUCUGCAGACUCAACAAAUGCUUCAGAGCCGGGAUGAAAAAAGAAGCUGUACAGAAUGAGAGGGAUCGGAUCAGCUCCCGAAGAAACAUCCCUGACUCUCAAGACCUGCCCCCCAUCACUAUUCUGGCCCAGGCAGAGUCGCUGUCCCAACAGAUCACAGCCCCGGUUGUCAUGGCAGACAUAUCAGAGCAGAAGUCGGCCACAGUUGGGGACGUGUGCGAGGCGAUGAGACAGCAGUUACUGGUGUUGGUCGAAUGGGCCAAAUACAUCCCUGCCUUUGGAGAGCUGCCACUGGAUGACCAGGUGAGCUUGCUCAGGGCUCAUGCGGGUGAACACCUCUUGCUCGGGGUCGCAAAAAGGUCAAUGCCGUUCCAGGACUUCUUGCUUUUAGGUAAUGGCUGCGUGAUACACAGAAACAGUCCGGAGCCAGAGAUAUGUCGGGUGGCCAACCGGGUGCUGGAUGAGCUGGUCCAUCCCUUUCAGAAUAUCCAAAUAGACGACAAUGAGUAUGCCGCGCUCAAGGCUAUUGUCUUCUUCGACCCAGAUGCAAAGUCUUUGCGGGACCCUUCGAAGAUCAAGGCCAUCCGUCUGCAGGUUCAUAUGAGUCUGGAAGACUACAUCAAUGACCGUCAGUAUGACUCCAGGGGUCGCUUUGGAGAGCUGCUGCUGCUGUUGCCCACCCUGCAGAGCAUCACCUGGCAGAUGAUCGAACAGCUCCAGUUCAUUAAGCUCUGCGGCCUGGCCAAGAUAGACAACCUGCUGCACGAGAUGCUGCUGGGAGGCUUGACAUCGGAGCCCACACACCCGCACCACCCAGCACACGCCCAGCUGGCCCAGGAUCCCAUGACCGGACACACACUGGUCAUCGGCACCAUGCCCGUCACUCACACUCCACAGAUAGCCUCUCCUGACACUCCCAUCCCAUCGCCCCCGCAGGGUCCCGCCCCAGAGAUGUAUAAACACUUUCCCCAGCCUCUUUGUCCUCCAGCCAGCCCCUCGCCUCCCUCGCAGGCAGACUCCUGACUUCUCCCCGCACUCCUUCCUCCAAAGACGCUGACAUGGGAUCAGCUCCCCUUGCCCUCUAUUCAUCAUCUCAGUCAUGGCAUAAAACGCAUGAAGGCAAUCGCCGCUCAGUGUCUGAGGUUAGACUUUACCCCUACAGUAUGUCUCCCUCCCCCCGUGACUCCUGGUGGUGACGCAACAAUAACUCAGAUAUGAUUAAAGCUGCCAUGUGCAGCACUUUAAAACUUCAAUAUGUCAGUUUCAGGGUUUUACUAGCAGAACCUGCACAUGGAUUUUUGUGGUCCAUCAGAAUCAAUCAGAAUUUCCAAGUAACUACUUUACACAUCUUUGUGGAAAAAUUGAUUCAGAGGAUUGUAAUUAAUAUUGAGCCAUUAAUACAUAUGAAUUAUACAAUGGCACAUUCAGUGCAAAUUCUUAAUAUACAUGUGUUCAGUUGCUAAACUUUCCAGAAGUCUGUGGCCAAGGUCAGCAAUAAUGUCAUUUAUAUAUAACUUUUAAAGACCUCAGGUUAAAUGCAAGAAAUAAUAUGGACAAAUGAUAGUAUUUUAUUAACUUAGUGUAUAUAGUCAAUUGCUCGUUAUAGAUAUCUGGAUACUCAAUUUCAACUCUCUUGCCUCCUAUUCUAUUUCUUGAAAUAUCUUUGUAUUAUUUCUUUUCCAUUUUGUUUUUUGUUGAUGAUGUGUACAUUUUUUUGAUUUGUAAAUUGAUUAAAUUGCGAUUUUAAAGAACUUCUAAGUUGUUCCCAGUUCUACUUUAAGAUGAAAUGGUCGCUGGGGAUUAAUAGAAAUUUAGUAAGCGACUCACUGAACACUGUGGUUCGGCAGAAUAGCGCCCUCUUGCUGUAGAGAGAGAUAAAGCACCAGUUGUAAAUGGACUGCUUAUACUAUAUAUAUAUAUAUACAGUAUAUAUGUAUUUAUUAUGUCGUAUGCAGCAGUACACCCAAUGAAAUGAGUAUGCACCCAUCCAUUCAUUGUUCUGAUUUUACAAAUGAAGGAAAAAUAAACAAAAUGUGAGAUGGAAAAA